GGCGAGCGACGAGGCGUGCGGGCGAGCGGUCCCUGGCCGGCCGACGGCAGCGCCUCCUCGCUUAGUCAACAUCCGCUCUCGUCGCUGCCAUACCAGGACGGCCCUGCUCCCGCUUCUGCUGUCACUCUCGCCUAGCCGCAGCCGCACACCUCAGCACAGAUCAAAAUGUCAUCCCGCAAGGCAGGAAAGAAGACUGGCAAGAAGCGCGCCCAGCGUGCCACCAGCAAUGUGUUUGCCAUGUUCGACCAAGCACAGAUUCAGGAGUUCAAGGAAGCUUUCAACAUGAUUGACCAGAAUCGUGAUGGAUUCAUUGACAAGGAUGAUCUGCAUGACAUGUUAGCUUCUCUAGGCAAGAACCCAACUGAUGACUACCUGGAGGGCAUGAUGAACGAGGCUCCCGGACCCAUCAAUUUCACCAUGUUCCUCACCCUGUUUGGUGACCGUCUUCAGGGCACAGAUCCAGAGGAUGUUAUCAAGAAUGCCUUUGGUUGCUUUGAUGAAAAUAACCAAGGAUACAUCAACGAGGAGCACUUGAGAGAACUGCUCGUUUCUAUGGGGGAUCGGUUCACUGACGAGGAUGUUGAUGAGAUGUACCGAGAGGCCCCCAUCAAGAACUCAAUGUUUGACUACGUGGAGUUCACUCGCAUCCUCAAGCAUGGAGCCAAGGAUCUAGAGGACCAGUAAUCUUAGCAUCAGCUGUGAUGAUAGAGAGCAAGAGAGGACUGUUUCCAAAACAUGCAUUAAUAGUUUAUCUUCCCUUAGAGAAAGCUUGUGAUCGAUCAGCCAUGUAGUUAUAGAAGGAGCAAAGGGGGGAAUGAUUGGUUUGUUGAAAAUAUUUAUAUAAUGUGAACCUGUGAGAGAGAAUUGCUAGACAAUUACUUUAGGUAAUGAUUAACUUAUUGGAAAUAUUAUAUGAAUUUUGAAGUAAUAUUAGUCUACAAUUUUUUGUUCCCUUUUUUUUCUUUUUGUAUCCCACUAUUUUGGCUGCUAUUUUACUUCCCCUGAUCCAAGACAUGAUUGACUGUCGGCUUGAUAAAGGAAAAACUAUAUAUGACAGUGUGGGAGCAGAGUAAAGUGCUACACCAUUGGCUCACUAAUCAACACCUUUGCAAGUUGGUGAUACCAGCUACCCCUCCAAGCCAAAUUUCUAAAUAGAUUAGAACUAAAGGAAAAUCUGAUAUACUGAUAUCUGUAGAUUGGUAGAGCAUGCUUUGAGAUCAGACUUUAUUUAACACUAUGGUACAGUGCUAUUUAUUACCUUAUGGAAAUAUAUCUUCAUAAAUUUACAUUUAUUAGUACUUAAUAGUGCCUUAGCUUGGAAAGGGCCAGUGGCUGAAAAGAUCCUGUGUUGACUUACUAAUGUUACAUUUCAUUACUUAAACUAACAAAUUUAUAUAAUAUUUCUGUAACCUUCAUUCCAAAAGUGUUUAAUUUUUUUUCUGCAUUAAUUAGCAUACUUAAUUUUAUACAAGCUUCUUUAUUGAUUAUGAAAACACUUUCUAGUGCAAAAUUUUAUACCAUAACUGUACUCAGUAUUUCCUAAAUAUAUUCCAUAAAAUCU